AUGGAUCAGAACGAGAAGGCUUUCCAGAAGCAGGAUGCUGUUUUCAUCGGCUCCAAGCGCCUGACCGCGAAGAAGUCCAAGAAAGCCGUGCGCUACUGGCGCAGUGUCGGCUUGGGCUUCGCGACGCCGAAGGAGGCCAAGGAGGGGAACUUCGUGGACAAAAAGUGCCCUUUCACCGGGAACGUCAGCAUCCGCGGAGCUAUCCUGAAGGGCAUGGUGAUCUCAACCAAGAUGAAGCGCACCAUCGUGAUCCGCCGAAACUACCUGCACUACAUCAAGAAGUUCAACCGUUUCUGGGCUUCGUAG